CCCGCCCGCCGGGACUCCGUCUCCCCAGCCCGGGUGGAGGCGCGUCCUGGGGGAUGGGGGGCGCAGCCCUCCUGCUCCUGCUCGCGGUGGCCGCGGCCCCGAGGGAGACCCGGGCGGGCCCCCACUCCCUGAGGGUUUUCUACACCGCCAUGUCCCGGCCCGGCCUCGGGGAGCCCCGCUUCAUCUCGGUGGCCUACGUGGACGACACGCUGUUCAACCGCUUCGACAGCGACUCUCCGGGCCAGAGCUUGGAGCCGCGGGCGCCCUGGGCGGAGCAGGUGGAGCAGGAGGAGCAGGAGGAGUGGGACUGGAGGACGCGGAUCCUAAGGGACCGCAUACUGUGGUAUGGAGCGCAGCUGCACGCCCUGCGCGGCCUCUACAACCAGAGCGAGACCGGCUCUCACACCUUCCAGAGGAUGUCUGGCUGCGACCUGGCGCCCGACGGGAGCCUCCUCCGCGCGUACAGUCAGUUCGCCUAUGACGGUGCCGAUUACCUGGCCCUGAAUGAGGACCUGCGCUCCUGGACCGCGGUGGACACAGCCGCUCAGAUCACCUGGCGCGAAUGGGAGGCCCUGAAUAUGGCAGAGAGAUUCAGGAACAAUUUGGAGGACAGGUACUUGAGGUGGCUGCGCACAUGCCUGGAGCACGGGAAGGAGACUCUGCAGCGCGCGGAUUCCCCAAAGACACGCAUGACCCGCCACCCCAUUUCUGAGUAUGAGGUCACCCUGAGGUGCUGGGCCCUGGGCUUCUACCCUGCGGACAUCACCCUGACCUGGCAGCGAGAUGGGGAGGACCUGACCCAGGAGAUGGAGCUGGUGGAGACCAGGCCUGGGGGAGACGGAACCUUCCAGAAGUGGGUGGCUGUGGUGGUGCCUUCUGGAGAGGAGCAGAGAUACACGUGCCAUGUGCAGCAUGAAAGUCUGCUGGAGCCCCAAGUCCUGAGAUGGGUGCCUCCUCCUCAGUCCUCUAGCCCCACUGGGGGCAUCAUUGCUGGCCUGGUUCUCCUUGGAGCUGUGCUCACUGGAGCUGCGGUGGCUGCAGCUGUGAUGUGGAGGAAGAAGCACUCAGGUGGACAAGGAGGAAGCUACACUCAGGCUGCAGGAAGUGACAGUUUCCAGUGCUCUGAUGUGUCUCUCUCAGCCCCUAAAGUGUGAGCCAGUUGCCUUUUGGGGACUGAGUGAUGCAGGAUUUCUUCUCAUCUUCAUUUUGUGACUUCAAUAUCUGCUGCAGACAGGGCAACUGAUGAAAUUUUCUGCCAUCAACAAAGACUCUAAAUGAAUUUGCAACGGGGGGAGGCUGGGAGAGUGUCGUCAAGAGCAGCUCUGCCUCUCACUCUCCCAGCCCAAGCUUUUAUUAAAGACAUGAACAAAGAACAAGAAAACAGCACGCAAUUGUGUUUGUGCUUCUACAGAUUAUUAAGUUACUGCUGGAACAAGCUUUCCUGAUUAGCAGGGAACAUGUGCACAAGCCAGCACAUCCUCAGAGAACAGGAGUCAGUUCUGGGAAGAAGUUUUGUUUGCGGAACUUCUAACGUCCUGGAACUCAGUGUGCAGAGUAAACAGGACCUCUCCAAAUACUCCAGCUCCCUUGAGGGCAGCAGGCUCCCAUCAUAUCUCCCUUUUUGUUUUUAAAGCAAAGUAUAACUAGUUUUGGCAUAGCCUGUAUGACUCUUUUGGUGUGGUGAUUUUUGUUUGUUUGUUUU